AGUUUUUUGUUCGGCAUCUUAUGUUUUCAUUGGAAAUCUGGGCACAACUAAGUCACUGAGGGAAGGAUAAGGGAGCGAGAGAGCGAGCGCAGGGCAAAGAGGGAAAGUGGAAGAGUUGUGGAGUAGAAGAAAUCCUUUUGUUUUCAGUCUGGUUCUGAAUUUUUUGGGGAGAUUGGGGCGCUGUCUCUUCCAUUUCCUCUCACACACUCCUCACUCUUCGUCACCAGAUUUCAACCAUGACCUGUGACUUCACCUCCUCGCUCGGACUCCUCUUCCUUCUGAUUGGCUACGCCGCUGCAGGACCUGGACCUGAACCUGAACUGCGGCCUCGGGCGGUGCGUUCAAGUGCCUGUCAAGAGCACACAAACCUUCACAACCGCCUGGACGUAGUGGAGAAGAAAGUGGAGGACACAGUUGAGAAGUUGGAGGAUGAGCUGGCCGCCCUGCUGGAUGCCAUUGAAGACCCGAAGUGGCGCCCCCUGUUGGACAAUACAGGAAAGACAGCCGUGGACAUCCUGGAAGAUCCUGGGCAGUUACACAAACCAGUGACUCAAGAAGCCUUUUGAACGUUGUCAUCAAUCUUUGUCCAUGAUUUAAAGACAAGUAAACUGUGUGUAUGCAUAAACUGUAUCUGUAUCAAAAUUAAGUUUGUAUCCUAAAAGAAGAGGGAGAGGAAGGCCAA